AUGGUCAACAUACUGUCAUCUUUAGGGAGCAGCCUUUGCAAAAAAGCUAGUGGUGUUGGCUGCAUAAAACAAAUAAGAACUAUUGCUACAAUGGGCGAACUUCAUCCACCAAAAGGAUCGAUUUCGAACCAAAAGAGGGUGGGAAGAGGUGCCGGAUCGGGAUACGGUAAGACCUCCGGAAGAGGUCAGAAAGGUCAGAAGGCAAGGGGAACAGUUAAGAACUGGUUUGAAGGUGGACAAACACCAAUUUUCAGAAUAUAUCCUAAGAGAGGAUUCUACAGGCACCAAAAGCUAGAUUUGAACGAGGUGUCGUUGGCGAAAAUCGAGCAGUUUUAUAAGCAGGGAAAAAUCAGCUUACAGGAAGGUGAGGUGUUGGACAUGAAGAAGAUGAAGGAGUGUGGAUUGGUCUCAGGAACGAUGAAAGAUGGAAUUGCCAUUGUGGGGACAGGCUCAAGAUAUUACACUUUAAAUAUCCCAAUAGAGGCCACAAAGGCGUCUAAAAGUGCAAUCAAGAUUAUUGAAAAGAGCGGUGGAAAGUUCACUUCGAAGUUCUACUCGAGAUAUUUGGGAUUUAGGGCUCAUCAUUCUCCAGAUUGGUUUAUGAGGAAAAGAGGAUAUAUCCCACUACAGGCGAAGCCAAUUGCCAGAAGGGACGUUUCCUUCUACUCCGAUUCAGAGAGAAACGGAUAUCUUUCUGGUUCCGCUUACGUUGAUCAGAUCGAGGUUGGCAGCAAGGGUAAGACUAAGAACAAAGUUGUGAAAAAAUCAGAAAUAGAGAAGGAGCUGGAGCAAUUCGGCAAGAUAGAUGCCGCAGGCAAGGACGGUGGAUAUGCCGGGUUCUCGGGCAACCGGAUAGUCAAAUUCAGUGACUUACAGGCCUAG